AUGCAUUUGUCCCUAUCCCCGGACCUGUGCUGGUGGUCGCACAGCUCUCCUAAUCCUGGAGCCAUUGGGGGCCUUCUCAAACUUCAUCCAGCACAAGGACUGCUCAUUGUAUGUGUCAUAAGUGGUAGUGGCCUCGAAAUCUGUCUCUCUGCUCAAAUUAACCCCGACAUCCUUAAAUACUCUAGUAAGGAAGCGGCCGUAGGGGAGUACUCAGGAUUCAUCGACGGAUCACAUCCUUGUCCAGCAACAAUUCUUCCAGGAACCACUACACCAAAUCCAGCACAUACACUCUGGAUCAGGCAAGCUCAACUCCUUCUCAAUGCCAUUCUUGGUUCUAUGUCCCCCACCAUAAUUCCAUUUAUUGCUCGAGCAAAAACAGCAAGGGAAGCCUGGACAAUAUUGGCCAAUACAUAUGCCAAACCAUCUCGUGGAAGAAUCAAGCAGGUGAAAAAUCAAUUAAAACAAAUCACGAAGGGAUCCAUGGGUGUCUCUGAACUCCUUCAGACCAUCAAGGCUCGAGCUGAUGAACUUGCCAUCCUAGGUACAGCUGUUGAUGAUGAAGAUCUCUUAGAAAAGAUUCUUGAGGGACUUGGUGAAGACUAUAAAGAAUUGGUGCGGGCAGUUCAAGCUAGAGAUACUCCAAUCUCCUUUGAUGAACUCCAUGAAAAGCUUCUCAACUUUGAAGCUUCUCUUCAAAACACCACAAAGACUGAACAAUCCUACUUCCCUGCCUCUGCUAAUCCAGCCAAUCGUGCCUACUCUGGGUCACGAAACCUACCAUACUCUAAUUAUUCCUCCGGAAACAACACAGGCUAG